UCAAAAAACCCUGGCGCUGACUCGGGCGCUCUGGAGUGAAUGGGUUGAUGUCUCUGUGCCAAGUUGAGCUACCUUCCCGAAACUGGGCCCGGUGAACUCUCAGCACGAGCUGCCUCCGGCUGCAGCGAGGAGAGGAGUGCUGGAGCUACUACCCCACGAGUCUACUGUAUUGGGCAGCAAAACUGUACCUGCUGUCUCCUGUCCUUCUGCCAUUCUUCGUCCAGCUCAUUCCAGUUAUCCACCAGAACGGCUCUUAGGGUCAUGACAGCCUCCCUGAAUUCAAGUCCAAGGAGAGAGGGACAGAAAGAAGUUAUGGAGGCAGAUGUCAUCGCCGACCUGCGGUGCAAGCUCAGAGAGGUUGAGGAGGAGCGGCUGAAGGCCGCGCAGUACGGUUUACAGCUGGUGGAGAGCCAGAACGAAUUGCAGGCACAGCUGGACAACUGCCGAAAUGAAAUAGUGACCAUAACUGAGAGUUAUGAACAAGAAAAAUACACUCUUCAGAGAGAAGUUGAGCUCAAGAGUCGAAUGUUAGAAAGUUUGAGCUCGGAAUGCGAAGCCAUAAAACAAGAUCAAAAAAUGCACCUGGAGAAACUAGAAGAACAACUGAGCAGAACCCAUGGACAGGAAGUACAUGAGCUAAAAAAUAAGUUAGAGAAACUGAAAGCGGAAUUAGACGAAGCUAGGCUUAGUGAAAAGCAGCUGAAGCACAAAGUCGAUCAUCAGAAGGAACUCCUGUCUCAGAAGUCAGAGGAAAUGCGGGUGAUGUCUGAACGCGCACACGAAACCAUGUCCUCAGAGGUGCUCGCCCUUCAGGUUGAACUGACGGAAGCGGAGAGCGUGAGGACCACCCUCCAAGAAGAAGUGAAUGAACUGCAAUACAGACAAGAACAACUGGAACUUAUUAAUUCCAAUUUAAUGCGCCAGGUCGACCGGCUCAUGGAAGAAAAAGAGGACCGAGAGAAAGAGGCAGUUUCUUACUGCAGUGCCUUAGAGAAAGCACGUCUAGCAAAUCAAGAUCUUCAAGUGCAAUUAGACCAAGCCCUCCAGCAAGCCUUGGACCCCAACAGUAAAGGCAACUCCUUGUUUGCAGAGGUGGAAGAUCGAAGGGCAGCGAUGGAACGUCAGCUUAUCAGUAUGAAAAUCAAGUAUCAGUCACUAAAGAAGCAAAAUGCAUUUAACAGAGAACAGAUGCAGAGAAUGAAGUUACAAAUCGCCACGUUGCUACAAAUGAAAGGGUCUCAGACUGAGUUCGAGCAGCAGGAACGGCUGUUUGCCAUGUUGGAGCAGAAGAAUGGUGAAGUUAAACAUCUAUUAGGUGAAAUUAGAAAUCUCGAGAAAUUUAAGAGUUUAUAUGAAAGUCUGGAAUCUAAGCCUUCAGACGACUCUGCUGCUCUGAAAGAUACCACCUAUUACACAGAUUUACUUCAGAUAAAGCUCGACAACUCAAACAAAGAAAAUGAAAGCACCAAAGGUGAAUUGUCCAUACAGCGAAUGAAGGCAUUAUUUGAGAGCCAGCGGGCUCUGGAUAUCGAGCGAAAACUUUUUGCCAAUGAAAGAUGCCUCCAGUUUUCCCAGAGUGAGAAUAUGAGACUGAGAGCGAAAAUAGAUGAGUUAAGGCUGAAGUAUGAGCCCGAAGAGAGAAUGGAGGUGCCCAUACUCAAAAAGAGGCGUGAGGUCCUGCCCGUGGAUGUAGGAACCCCUAACGACGUGCGUGUCCGCAGUGCCGCGGGGGAAGAAGUUCCUAGAUCACCACGUCAGCAAGAGGCGGCGCAGUCCUGUGCCGGCAACUUGGAAGGUAACAACGGGCAGUUAGAAAAGACAGUCUCUGUAAACACACCAGGGGGCACUCUCUCCCCUCGCCCAAGUCUGCCCGUGAGUACUCAGCCCACGAAGGAGAAGAAGUGCGUGAAACUUAGAGAAGUUCCCACCGAGAGCGUGAGAAGCGGAAACUCCCCGGGCUCUCCCAGGUUAGAUGCUGAAUCGAAGCUUCAAACAGAAGUUAAAGAAGGGAAAGAAACUGCAGGCAGGUUGGAAAAGAAACCUGGUAAGAAAUCACACCCUAUUCUGCACGUGUCCUCCAAGUCCACGCCGGAGACCCAGUGCCCUCAGCAGUGAAGACCGCUCUUCAGCAAGAGGGUGGCUCUGGACCCGACUCGGACUGUCCUUAUCUGAAGAGCACCAGCUCGCGGGCCGUGUGUCUCUGCUCAUUAUGCCAAGACCUGGCAUGUCCAUCCGCUUUGACCAGACGCUCUGAAUUUGGUGAGGACUCUAACCAGGAGAGUUCCCCAAGUGACGAUCCUUCACGGAGCUUCUAUGUGAACGACGAGCAACUGAAGGGACUGUCGUUAUAAAUCUGUCAGAUUGCGUAUGUAUUUUUUAAGUGAUGUUACACACUCAGAGCCGUAUGUUGUAUUGUCACUGGAUUUUGUCAGUGUUUAUGUUCAUCUUUGUUCAUCUUUGUAUGUUUAAUUCUAAACUUUCUAAAUAAAGAUUUUUUUCCUUUAAA